GAAUCCCCCGCUUGACGCCUGCAGCCCGCGUUCAGUUCUCUUCCCUCACGCACUCCGCUGUGCACCCUUUCCCGGAACGGCCUUCGCUGCUCAGCCUCCUGGGUGACACAACCCAUUCCACCGCGUGAAAGUUGAACACCCCUUCAGCUCCCUUCCCUUCAAGUUGCAGGCAAACUCUAGGUAUGCUUCUUCGCCUUGCGUUUGAGCAUCGGAGGUUGAGAAAUCACUAAUUCCCAUCCUCUAUCAAUUUUCUCGAUCUUCAGUCUUUACCAGCCUUGUCUGCACGUCCCUCGUUGUGCACUGUCCGCCGGUCGGCCUUCACUCAAUGACCAGCACCCAACCACCGUACUACAGAUAGCCACGGCUUCAAGAUAUACAGGACUGGAGAUUUCGACGUACAGUCUCACUCGAGUGUUCUUACAAUCCCUUCAACUUGUCCGUCCUCUACCGGGUAGUUCAGGCCGACAUCUUUCAUUGACACAACACGCCGAAUGCGACGGACCUCUCCCGCCCACUCAACACCAUGGCUCACCCUCUCUUCGCCCGCGACGUUAUCAGUGAGGUGAAAAGUGCCCCAGAAACGUUUACCAGUUGGGACAAAUGUAUGAGCAAGACCUAUUGCAAAUGGCCUGCCAUUGUUGGAAUCGUCGUCGGCUCCCUCAUCCUCCUCUCGAUCAUCUGGUGUUUCGCUAGAUGUCUUUGCUGCGGUGCGGAACUCUGCGCCUGCUGCUGCAAUUGCUGUCGUCCUCGCCGAAGUCGAGACCGUCCCUCGAAAUACAAAGACGAUUACUCACGAGUGCCUCCUACCCCUUACGGGGGAUAUCAACCGACUCCUGCGCCCAUGUCAUACGGCAAUCCGAACAUGCCUCAGUUCGCUACCUUUGAUGAUCCAAGUGGCAAGAAGAUCAACGAAGACAGUUUACCUCCGAUGCCCAGUUGGGAUACUGCAACCAAAAGGCGGGUUGAAGAAACGGAUGCCCAUGGCGAUGUGGAAAUGGGAAGGCUUGAGGCACAAUCGCAAAGGAUGCGAGGCGGUUACAACAGUGUUCCUACUGGCCCAAUGUCACCAUCUUCGCUUCAUCCUCAGGGCGAGUGCCCCAACAAUGGCAUGACCCAUUCGUAUCACUCAGACCUUGGUGCUCAGCGACUGGCCCCAAAUGGCUCUCGAUACGAGAGUUUCCAGUCCGUGCCAUUGAGCCCGCCUCCGACGUAUCGAACCACAUCAAAUGCACCGUCUAUCACGUCUGAUAGAUUCAUUUCCGGUGCGGCUAGUCCGAGCCCAAACGAACAUUACCACCAACCCCAUGACUUUCACCAACAGCCGUCUACCUACGCACCAAGCAGUUUCAGCACGAGAUAUGAACCGCAACCAGACUAUGCACCCAGUAGGAUCAGCAUGCCUGCUCCUUACAACCCACAGGCGGAAUAUCAGGCCAGAUCACCGAGCUACUUACAGACGGGAAGGAAGCCAGUCAGUGGGAGUUUCAGGGAAGUCUGAGCAAAAUCUUGAUGAUAACGACCUCCAUUUCAAUAUGUUACCACUAAAGUCUUGAUGGUGAGGAGUGCGGGCCUCGCUCCGGUCCCCCUAACUGCGAGCAACGUGUCGGAUUCUAUCGGAUGAGUCUCGCCGCAGAAUUAUGGGGCAAAAUUGAGCAGACGACCAACAUGCAGCACAACGACCAUACAGUUCACAUUGGCGGGAAGGACACAGUUUGUCCCUUGUUGUUGAAGUCGCGCAGAGCGCUUAUUGCUCGGUGGCUUUUGGGCAGUCUCGCCCCCAAGGCCGCUUCCGAGGCUGAAUCCUGGUGACCGCCCAGGCCAGGGUCCAGCAAUAUUGGAAAGAACUGGGCAAUCUUGUAUACUAUUUGAUUACUGACGGCAGCAAUCGGAGUUGCACUAGGAUUGUAUGACAGUUAAAGCGAUGGCCGGGUCGCAAUUGUAAGGACGACUCACAUCAGGUUCAAUAACGACGGUACCUAGGUAAUGAAAUGAGCACUUCGAUCCUAUUUAGAUUAGUGAUACAUCUAGAAAUCUUACUAGUAUGCUGCAAACUGGCA